AUGGCCGCUACCCUGGGCCCCCACUCGAUCGCGUUCCUCCGCCCCGCCUCCAGCCUCAGCUCCCUCUCCGACUCGGUCACUGCCAUCCACCACGACCACGACCAUGCCCUUCCGCCCCGUUUCCCGCACACCCGCGCCCAGCUUGCCGCCAUCGCCCGUCUCUACAAGCCUGAUGCGUUCCCAGACAACGACCCGGAUUCGUUUCUUAGCUCGUCCCUCAUCGGACGCGUCGUCGGCCUCCUCGAUGGCGAGUGUGAGGAUGAGCUCAAGGUCCUUCUCAAGGACAUGUUCGGCCCCAUCGGCGACGAAGAUCUUGAGCAGCACGUACUCGACCUCAUGCACAAACAUAGAGAUGACAUAGACAACGUCCCCUUUCUUUUCUUGACUCCCACUCGCCGCCCGAUUUCCCGCCCUUCCUCUCGCGCUUCCACCCAUUCUGCCCGGCUUAUUCCCAAUCGCCCCGAUACACCCAACUCGGCCCCAAGCUCUCCGCUCGCCAUGAUUUUCCGCAGGCCACACACGCCCCUUACUUCGCCUCUUGGUACCUUGGGACAAUCUUCUUCAUACAUUACUGCCCGCAGCGAGUCCCCUGGCGUGUCUCCCAUCAUGACGCACGCUCAAUUCGCCGUCAGUCUUCCGUCUUCUCCACUUUCUUCUCCUCGACUCCUCAAUGCAAAGGCCCACGAGUUCCGGCCCAUACCCCGGCCCCUCUCUGCCGCGUCGUCGAACCCUAGCUCGUUCGCUGCCUUGCGUGGCGACACCCCGUCUCCGGACCUCUGGGCUCCUCCCUCUCGCCCAACCUCCAAGUUGGCGAUCGCCGCCCCUCUCACGCCGGAUAUUUCUCUCCUUCAACGCUCCGCUACCCCGAACUCCUCGCUUCGUUCGUCCAUGCGCAUUGAUGACGAAGACGACGAUCCAUUUGACCCGUUCGCGACUCGGGACCUCCCUCGGUCUUUCCAUCCUAGUAGUUCCGAGGACAUGAUGUGGGGCAACUCUCCUAUUGCGGGGUCGUCUCUAUCAGCAGACGACUCUCUCUUCCCUCAAGUCUUCGGGAGCAUGGACCACAAUGCCCGCUCGCAGGAAGCCCCUCGCCAGAACCAGCAAGAGGAUGUCGACCCCGAGUUUACGGCGAUGCUUACGGACGGUAUGACGCCGUUUGACGUACUCAGCUCUGUCUUUGGUGCAACGCUCGCACCAUCGGAACUGGAAGAAGCCCUGGCCGCCAACGGUUACGAUUUUGAACGCGCGAUGUCUUGGCUUGUGGACCGUUCCAUGGCCAGUCACCCCAAUCCGUCGCAGCCCCGCAUGCAGUCCGUCGGCAAUCGGGUUACACUUGUCCAACGCGAUGGAAACGGAGUGCGCGGAGGGAGAGCGUCGUUCAACGGUCCCCAGGGUCGCAACGGAGGUCGAUUUGUCAAUGGGCGUCCAGCUCAAGGCGGCAAUCGCGUUUGCAGGUACUUCCUUGCCGGCGAGUGUCUGCGCGCGGAUUGCAGGUUCAGCCAUGAUCUCGAAAGAGCGCUGUGUCGCUUCUGGCUUCGGGGCACUUGUGCCAAGGGUGAGAACUGCGAAUUCUUGCAUCACCUUCCUCAGGAGAUAGAUGUCAAUGGCUUGGGUCAUGCCAUGGCUAGAGUCGAUAUUCAUAACGGCUCUCAAGAGCAAGCUCAAAGUACCUCCCUCGAAGAAUUUCCAACUCUUGGCCACUCGACCGCGGCAGGGCAGCAGAACGAUAACAGGCGCGGCGGCUACGGAUAUGGCCGAGGAGAUGCUUCCAGUUACGAUCCAAGCCGCACCAGGUUUGCAGCGGCUGUCAAGAAGGCUCCACCGAACCCGCAACUUCAAACUCCCAAGGACCCGGCUACUCUUGCCGCUCGCAGAGAAGCGAUGGGUGCUUCGGCAGAGCCGUUGCAUCCCAACACAGCCAUUGUCGCGCCCAAACCGUCUCCACGACUCAAACUCCAUUCUCCUACGCUGCUGCCGACGCUCCCGACCGGCGAGUCUGUGAACAACCUGUACAUGGCCUAUCGUCAGAGGGCUCUGCGUCUCGGUGCUGCCCGCAACGCAUGCCUGUCUCGCGCCGCAGAUGCUUGGCGACGUGGCGAUGGAGCGGCUGCAAAGCGUUUCAGCAGGGAAGGUCACGACUUGAACGCGAAAAUGGCGGCGGAGAUGGUCGAAGCCGCAGGCAAGCUCGUUAGAGAGCGUGCUAGACUGGCGGAGCAAGCUGUGCGGGGCCGGGAUGCGAGCUGGUCGGAUGACCCAGGCGAUCGGACGGCUCGUGGACGCAUCUACGGAGCGGGCCUCGGGGUCUGUCUCGGCAUUGCCAGUCAAUCGUCCAGCGGCGAUACUAAGAUGACUCCGGAAGAACGCACCGAAGUUCUCCUCGACCUGCAUGGCUUGCAUGCCGCGGAGGCCACGGAGGUGCUGGAGGAGUUCCUGCUUGCGCUGGAGAGAGAGCUAUUUUAUGGUCUCAGUUACAUCGUUGUCGGCGAAGAAAAGCACACGGGGACUCAAGAUCCUGCUCGGGGUGCAUCUCGGAUGAGGCUCGCGACGGGCGUGCGCGAGUGGCUGCACAUGUGGGGAUACCCCUGGAGCGAGCGCGACGGGGUGGUCUGCGUCGAUCCGUUGACGCACCAGUGA